CUGAAAAUAUGACUACGUGCAGUGGCGGAGCCAGGAUUUUCGCCUAAGAGGUUCAAAUAUAUAAAGAAGUAAAUGCACGAAGAGGUCAAGGGGUUCAACAUCUACUAUAUAUACAUAAAAAAAAAAAAAUUUAACCUCGUAUAUAGUGUAAUUUUUCGCCGAGGAACCCCUUGGAGACUACUUAGCUCCGCCACUGGCUACGUGGCGUAAUAUUUUAUGUUAGGGCUGUAUAUUUUUGAAAAAUUUCCCGUGUUAAAAGCGUUACCUUUCUCUUUACUUUUCUUCUUUGUUUAGAUUUAUCUUUUGUUUCAAUUUAUUGUAGGAAUCUAAUUAUUAGAUGUUGGGGUGAUCUUGAAUUUGUUGAAAGUAUGGAAUUUUUCCUUCCUUUUUGGCUUUAAGUUAUUAUUGGUUUUUUUUGCUUGAAAGGAAAAGCUUUAUUAACUUGUAGUAACCGGUUUGAAUUGAACAAUGCAGAAGCAAGAGAGAAAUAGUUGUGAAUUCGUGAUUAAACUAGUUAACUUGUAUUUUGUGAUGGUUUCGCUUCCGUUAUUUAUUUUUUCCGAACUGCUUUCAUUUGCUUGCCUUGAGCCGAGGGUCUAUCGGAAACAACCUCUCUACCUCUGCGUACACUUUACCCUCCCCAGACUCCACUUGUGGGAUUACACCGGUUUACAUGUUUACAAAUAUUCAAAGGCAAGAAGAGCGCACCGGAAAAUAUGGGACUCCGAGGGUGCAAUACCUUCAGGAAUUGGUGAGUCAGUUUCAGAAUGCAUCUGCUGAAGAGACAAAAGAGAAGAUUGUUGCUAAUUUGGCGAACUUUGCAUAUGAUCCUUUCAACUUUACCUUCUUGCGCCAGCUUAAUGUUAUAGAACUUUUCCUCGACUGCUUAACUGAGCCUAAUGAGAAACUUGUGGAAUUUGGGAUCGGAGGGAUCUGCAAUGCGUGUGCUGAUCCAGCAAAUGCUGCUGUUGUCACUCAAAAUGACGGUAUCCCUCUCAUCAUCCAGUGCUUGUCAAGUCCUGUUAGGAGCACAGUAAAUUACGCGUUAGGAGCUCUGUAUUAUCUUUGCAAUGCAUCGAACAAGGAAGAUAUCUUAAAGCCAGAAGUAAUUGAUGCAAUCAAGAGUUAUGCAGCUGCAGGUGGAGUUAGUACAAGCUUCAGUAAUUUGGCUCAGGCUUUCUUAGAUAAACAUGUUCCCGAGCGUAACUGAGAUGAGUAGAAGGUUAAGAGCACCCUCUGAACAUACUCCAAUUGUGGUGUUGAUUGAGGCGAAUCCAGGAUUUGACCUUUAUGGGUUCUGAAUUCUAGGACAACGACCUCAAGUGCUAGUAGCUGGGUUCUUAACCUAAUUUUUGUACAUGUUUAAUGAAUUUUUUAACACAUAUAUAGGCUCUGGGAGGGAAAAGAAAUGAACUUCUGUUUGACUAAUGUUUCGGCCACUUUUAAAGCCAUUUAAAAUGCAUGACGUGAAGAAAUCGAUAUUGAUCCUAACUCAA